GGCCGCGUUCGCGUAGGCAGCGCACUGGGGGAGGGGAGCGGCGCGGUGUCUGGAGUCGCGUCGGUCCAGAUCUCCCCGCGAGCCUUGUAGCCCGCCGGUCCUCCUGCAGCCCGCCUGCUGGGCAGGGCCGGCUCGGCCGGGCCAUGGAGUCCUACGACAUCAUCGCUAACCAGCCCGUGGUCAUCGACAAUGGUUCAGGGGUGAUCAAGGCUGGCUUUGCAGGAGACCAGAUUCCUAAGUACUGUUUCCCAAACUAUGUCGGACGGCCAAAGCACAUGCGGGUUAUGGCUGGAGCCCUGGAGGGGGACCUGUUCAUUGGACCGAAAGCAGAGGAGCACCGGGGGCUGCUGACCAUCCGAUACCCCAUGGAGCACGGUGUGGUACGGGACUGGAAUGACAUGGAGCGCAUCUGGCAGUACGUCUACUCUAAGGACCAGCUGCAGACCUUCUCUGAGGAGCAUCCUGUUCUUCUAACGGAGGCUCCACUGAACCCCAGUAAGAACCGGGAGAAGGCAGCAGAGGUGUUCUUUGAAACCUUCAAUGUUCCUGCACUGUUUAUCUCCAUGCAGGCCGUGCUCAGCCUGUACGCAACAGGACGCACCACAGGAGUGGUUUUAGACUCGGGGGACGGGGUCACUCACGCUGUCCCCAUCUAUGAGGGCUUUGCCAUGCCACACUCCAUCAUGCGGGUAGACAUUGCGGGCCGGGACGUCUCUCGAUAUCUGAGGCUGCUGCUGCGCAAGGAAGGGGCUGACUUCCACACCUCAGCUGAGUUUGAGGUUGUUCGGACCAUCAAGGAGCGAGCCUGCUACCUGUCCAUCAACCCACAAAAGGACGAGGCUCUGGAGACUGAGAAGGUGCAAUACACCCUUCCAGAUGGCAGCACACUUGAUGUGGGACCUGCGCGCUUCCGAGCCCCUGAACUGCUGUUCCAGCCAGACCUGGUGGGGGAUGAGAGUGAGGGCCUUCAUGAAGUUCUGGCCUUUGCCAUCCACAAGUCUGACAUGGACCUCCGCCGGACGCUUUUCUCCAAUAUCGUGCUGUCAGGGGGUUCAACACUCUUUAAAGGCUUUGGAGACAGGUUACUAAGUGAAGUAAAGAAGCUGGCCCCGAAGGACGUUAAGAUCAAGAUCUCUGCCCCUCAGGAACGGCUGUACUCCACGUGGAUCGGUGGCUCCAUCCUUGCCUCACUUGACACCUUCAAGAAGAUGUGGGUAUCUAAAAAGGAAUAUGAAGAAGAUGGCUCCCGUGCGAUUCAUCGCAAAACCUUCUAAUGCCCAAGGAGGGUGGACAUACUGGGAGAGAGGGAGGAACGGGGAGCCAGAGCCCUUGACCCCUUUUGGUCUGGGUUCAUGUUCAAAGAUUAGGGUCCCCUGCAUGCCCUGACCCCGGAGCAGGUGGUGCAGUCAUGGUCACCUGUAGCCCUCCCUUCCCCCUGUGCUCAACAUAUACACACAGACACACAGUAAUGUUUAGCUGCAUGGAUGGCAGUCCCAAGCUGGAGCAUAGGAACUGAGGAACCCAACAUUGAGUUGGUGUGAGUGACCCUCUCAGCAGGGCCACUUUGGCCUGUGGUUCCUUGCUCUGGCCUUGAAGCUCCAUGUGCUCUGACAGGCUCCCAGUGGGGCUAGACUCCCUGAAUCUAUGAAGUAGGCUGAAGGGAAGGACAGCUAGGAGCUCCCUUCAGGGUGGUGAGGCACAGUAGUGUGUUUCAUGCUGCCUCCUCUUUCUGGCCUGACAGGGCAAAUGUCCUAGAUAGGACUGAGUAGGGAACAGUCCUCCAUUCCCACUGAGGGAAUGUAGCCAAGAGUCAGAGCAUCAGAGCCAUGGGCAGCCACAGCUCGUGGUUUGCCCCACUCCCUUUCAAAGCACUACACUGAUUUGCUAUUCCCUCCUCUUUCCCUCAGUGCCCUGGACAGGAAGGGGUUAAUGGUCUUUAUUUGCUGAGGGAAAGCCAUUUAAUCAGGAUUCAGACCCAAAGGGUAGACAUGUUCUCAACUCCCUCAAGGUCUUCACCAUGACCAGGGCCUUACCUCCCUCUCUAGAUCUGAACAGUAAUUUAACACAGUUGCCUGAAAAAUACUUGUUUUUAUAAAUCAUUAUAGUAAUAAUUAUGGAAAAGGCCCAGUGUGUGGCUCUGAUUCUUGUGGCCCUGUGCUCUCGUUUGCUCACCCAUCCCUGGGAGUGUUGAGAGAAAGGACACCUCUGCAGGCCCGCCAAGGUGUGCAGGUGCUAGCAGUGAUGCGGGCUUACCAGCUUACAGCAGAAUGAGAAGGAAGGGCAGCCUAGAAAUGGACCAGGCUCCACAGGAAGAAGCAAAACAAAGCCUGCAGGAGUCCUGCAGGCAGCAAGUAGAGAUGUUUGCUUGAUACUGUGUCAGUGCACAAUGCACAACACGUUUGAGGCUGAUGGAGAACAAAAUUACAAACCGUUCAUCUUAGAGGAAAAAGAUGUCAGCCAUUUUGGAACAGUGUUGAGCUGACAGGGUUAGGACUGCACCAACAGGUGGGGCAUGCUGGCUUGUAAGAGCUUGGUCAGUCAGUGGUUACGAAGAAUCCUUUGGCAGUGAGACUGGAGAGGAAAUGUUGGCAAGGAAGAAGGGUAAAUUGGUCUGUGGCACAGUGGCAUAAACCAAAGAGGUCAGUUGGGCUAGCAUGUGGAGGGUCUAGAAAAAAGGAUGUUGACUGUGUGCUAGGUGACAAGUUUUCACUAAGGAAGAAUAGUGACCAGAGCCAAGAGUUGAAAGCUAUAGGCCAAAGUACUGAUCAGGAAUGUGCCCAGAUUCUGUGCAGCCGUGUGGUCAUAGCAUGGCAUCAAAGUUUACACAGAAGCCUGUGCUAAGGGACCCUGCAAACCAGCUCUUGUGCAGGGUUCUGCUGGCACUGCUGGCUCUCAGCCACCUGUGUUUGGAACCUGACUGCUGAGUUCCCCCUCUUCAUGCCCACAUUUUGUCAGUCUCCGAGUCUGAUCUACAGUACCUCUGCUACCCAUCCUUUCCUAUUAGGGCCCCAGCCUAGCUCAUGACCCUGCUCCAUCCUGCCCACCCAGUGUGUUUGCUCAUAAUCUACUGCGCGGGUAACCACCUCAAACCUGUAAUGAGUUAUAAGCCAUACAAUAAAAUAUUCAUGAGUCCUUA